AUAAGUAAACAAACAACAACAAUUUUUGUUGAAUGGGAAGAAUUUCCUGAGGGAGGAAGUCCUGAGUUUUAUUUUUUAAAAUACCAACUUAUUAAUAAUUUGGCUCAAAAGAAUGUCAAAAGCAUACCUGCAGAUCCACAAAAACCUCCAAAAUCAAUUAUAACACUAGAAGAAAAUGAAGACUACCACAUCAUUAUACAGUCCAUAAAAUAUGGGCAAAUUUUAAGUGAAAAGUCAUUUCAAAUGCGUGGAAUCUCAACUACAAAUAUUAAAACAAUAGCAACAAGUACGAGUGUUUCUUUUAACUGGAGUGUGCUAUCUUCCAAGGACAUUUCAGUGUCAAUAUCUCUUAAUAAUUCUUCACAAAUUAUGCAAAAUAAUGUCAUGGCUUAUGAAUGGGAUGAUUUGAAACCUGCCACCUUAUAUGCUUUUACUUUUGAAUUUAAACAGUUGCAUUUGGAUUUUGUAAAUAUACUUCAGAGACUGGAUGUUCAAGUUGAAACAGGUUCAUGUUCACAAGGAUGGGUAGCAUUAAAAAAUAGCUGUUACAGAAUUAGCAAAGAGAGUGAACCAUGGAAUAUAGCUGAGCAACAUUGUAAGUUAUCCUUAAAUUCUGCACGCCUUGUGGAUAUAAAAAAUGAAGAGGAAAAAAAAUUUAUAUUUUUAUAUCUCAGGUCAAAGAAUCAAAUAAUAUCAUGGACUGGUCUUAAUGAUUUGAAGAAAGAAGGUCAUCUCACAUGGACAGAUGGAUCACCUUUUGGCCUUAAGAAAAAUGAAAUCUCUUCUUUCCCACUGCUACCCAAGAAUGAAACAGAUUGCUACAUUUUACAACAAAAUGCAACUGGAUCAAACUAUUUUUUUGCAAGAUUUUUCUGUUAUGUUCCAUUGCCAUAUAUUUGCAAAUAUGAAUCACCUUCUCUGCAGGAAAAUCUUUUGAUCUAUAUAAAGGAUGUUGGAACAACUGAAGUUGUAUUUAGCUUGGAUAAUUUGAAUGGUUGGAAUAAUUUGAAUAAGUGGCUAAAAUUAGGAUAUAAAAUUAUCGUAAAAUAUUAUUUAGAUUAUGCAGAACAAUAUUUUGAGAGCAUACCCCCAAAUACUACAGAAAAAGCAAUUACCCUUCUGUCUCCUGGCCAUGUGUACAGCUUUUUACUCUUUGCACUAAAUGAAUGGGAGGCUAAAACUAUGCUAAGUCCGGUAUUCACUGUUGAAACACGCCCAUUGUCAGUCCAAAAUGUCACAGUUACUCAUGUGACCCCAACAGAAAUAUUUUUACAUUGGGAUCCUCCAGCUCCUGAGUCUUUUCACCAUUAUCUUGUAACUACUUUGGAUGUUCAAGAUAAUAAAUCAGAAGAGGUGUUUGUUGAAAAACCCAACAUAUCAACAGCAAUUAGAGGUCUCAAAUCUUUCCACCAUUAUUUGAUAUAUCUAUUCAGUGUAGCAGAACGAGGAACUUUAAGCUGCUUUGAGCAACCUAUUUCAGCCAUUACAGGUAUAAAUCCACCACAGAAAGUUUAUGCUAACCCUGAGGACGUGGGGGAGGACAGUAUAAUUCUUCAGUGGGAAUCCCCACAAGAUGGCCAUGAGGUCUACAUACAAAUCGAAUCCAUACCAGAUAAAAGAGAAGUCAUGACUUUUUUUGUAAAGGAUGCUAAUAGAUUCAAGAUUGAUAAUUUAAUCCCUGGAAUGACUUAUGACAUUGGAAUGGCAACAGUGAUGAAUGGGAAUUUGAGUGAACUGGUAACUAUUCAACAAACUCUAAAGCCCAAACCAGUACAAAUUGUUAUUCCUUAUGAGAGUUAUAGUACCUCUGUAAUCUUAUUUGUUCAAACACCUGAUAUUGGAGUGUUUGAUGGCAUACAGAUUGUAACUGAAGGAGGGCCAAAUGUAACCAGGCCUUUAAAACAUGACAAUAAAAUAACCGUUGACAACUUAACCCCAGGCACAGAAUAUAAUUUCUUUGUUUCCAUCAUCAGUGGGACUAAAUUAAGUGAUGUAUAUUAUGUGCCUGCAGUAAAAACAUGUUUGGAGGCACCAUCAAUUAUCCAUGAGGGCAAAGUUACAGACUCUUCCAUAGAAAUUCUCUGGAAUCGAGCUGAUGGGAAUUUUCAGCAUUAUGAAAUCACAUGCAUAAACUGUGCUGACAUUUUCAUGGUUCAGAAGGUAGUGCAAGAAGCAGCAACAUUCUCUAACCUGGAGCCUGCUACCGUUUACACUUUUUCAAUUCGCACAGAGAAAGAAGGUUUUAAAGACAGCACUCCUCACAUAAAAGAAAUACAGACAGCCCCAAGUGCAGUUGAAUUUAUGAACCAUAGCAGAAACUCAAGUGCGGUAACUGUUAACUGGCCUUCACCCAGAAGUCUUCUGGACGGGUACAUUAUUUCAAUAUCCAGUGAAAGGUUAACGAAAGAAGAAAUUCUGCCUUCCACACAAAGGACAUUCACAUUUGAUAACCUUUCUCCAGGGACUGACUUUUCAGUUAGCAUUAUAACUACCAAGGGAUUAAAGAGAAGCCAUCCUGUUGUCCUCAUGGUUAGCACGUGUCCAGACCCACCAUCAGACCUGCUAAUUUUUGGGCAGGAAGAAAACACAAUAUAUUUGUCUUGGAAAUUCCCACAAGGAGGCUUCGAAAAGUUUCAGGUAUCUUAUUGUAUGACAUCUAGAAAGGAAAAGCUAUUUAAAGUAAUUGUUUAUGGAAACAAAGUUAAAGUAAAGAAUUUGACUCCAGGUGUGGACUACAUGUUUCACGUGAAGACAGUUAGAGGCAAAGACUACAGUGUAUCCGUGAUGAAAAAAGUGACUACAAAACCGUCUAAGAUAUGUGGCUUAAUACUAAAAGCUGUGAAUACUUCUUCUGCAAAUUUAAUGUGGAAUCCAACAGAAACCAACUUCACUCAUUACAAGAUUUAUAUAUCAAACAGAACAUUUGCAAAAGAAUAUUUCAUUUGGGGAAGAAUGACUGAGUACACAGUUACAGAUCUGACUCCUGGUGGGAUAUAUAACAUCACAGUACACAGAGUAAGAGGCAAUGUUGAAGGUUCUGGAACAUUUAUCAGCGUUGUUGCAGAGCCGGAAAAGCCCGAGAAACUUAAAGCCUUCAAUAUUUCCGCACAUUCCUUUUCCCUGCACUGGAGCCUGCCCUCCGGCCACGCGGAAGGGUUUCAUGUGGAUCUGGUUCCUGACAGUGGCUUUGUUACUAUCAAAGAUCUUGGAGGCGGAGAGUAUCAGGUUGAUGUUUCCAAUGCUGUCCCUGGCACUAGGUACGAUGUAACAAUCUCUUCAAUUUCUGCUACAACAUACAGCUCUCCUGUUAGUAGAACAGUGACAACGAAUGUAACAAAACCAGGGCCUCCAGUCUUCCUAGCAGGAGAAAGAGUUGGUUCUGCUGGGAUUCUUCUGUCUUGGAAUACACCCCCAAAUCCAAAUGGAAGGAUUAUCUCUUAUGUUGUGAAGUAUAAGGAAGUUUGUCCAUGGAUGCAAACAGCAUAUACACAAGUUAGAGCAAAGCCAGACAGCCUGGAAGUUCUUCUUACUAAUCUUAAUCCUGGAACAACAUAUGAAAUCAAGGUGGCUGCUGAAAACAGUGCUGGCAUUGGAGUGUUUAGUGACCCAUUUCUCUUCCAAACGGCAGAAAGUGCUCCAGGAAAAGUGGUAAAUCUGACGGUUGAGGCCUUUAACUAUUCAGCAGUAAACCUGAUUUGGUACUUACCUCGUCAACCAAAUGGCAAAAUUACCAGUUUCAAGAUUAGUGUCAAACAUGCCAGAAGUGGGAUAGUGGUGAAAGAUGUCUCAAUCAGAGUAGAGGACAUUUUGACCGGGAAAUUGCCAGAAUGCAACGAGAAUAAUGAAUCUUUUUUAUGGAGUACAACCAGCCCUUCUCCAACCCUUAGUAGAGGUACGCCUCCAACGCGUACCACAUAUUCAUCGAACACAUGGGCACGGAGUAAGAUAAGCUCCGUGUGGAAAGAACCUAUCAGUUUUGUAGUGACACAUUUGAGACCUUACACGACAUACCUUUUUGAAGUUUCUGCUGUUACAACAGAAGCAGGUUAUAUUGAUAGUACAAUUGUCAGAACACCAGAAUCAGUACCUGAAGGACCACCACAAAACUGUGUAACAGGAAACAUUACGGGAAAGUCCUUUUCAAUUUCAUGUGAUCCACCAAUGACAGUAACCGGGAAAUUUAGUUAUAGAGUUGAAUUAUAUGGGCCAUCAGGUCGUAUUUUGGAUAACAGCACAAAAGACCUCAAGUUUUCAUUCACUAACCUAACACCAUUUACAAUGUAUGAUGUAUAUGUUGCUGCAGAAACCAGUGCAGGGAUUGGACCCAAAUCAAAUAUUUCAGUAUUCACUCCCCCACAAGUUCCAGGUGCAGUAUUUGAUUUACAGCUUGCAGAAGUAGAAGCCACACAAAUAAGAAUUACUUGGAAGAAACCACGACAAGCAAAUGGAAUCAUUAACCAAUACCGAGUGAAAGUGCUAGUUUCAGAGACCGGAGCAAUUUUGGAAAAUACUUUGCUCACGGGAAAAGAGUAUAUAAACAACCCGCUCACUCCAGAAACUGUGAACGUAGUAGAGUCAAUGGCAGAAUUAUUUGAGGGUUCAGCAGAGAUAUCUUCUGACCUGUAUGCGAUUGCUUCAGUUAUGUAUAACAGUCAUCCCCAUAAUAACUUUCCUGUGAGGAACAGAGCUGAAGACCAGCAUUUAACAGUUGGAACUACAUGGAAUCAGUAUAUCACUGACAUUGCUGCCGAACAGCUGUCUUACGUUAUCAGGAGACUCGUACCUUUCACUGAGCACAUGAUUAGUGUAUCUGCUUUCACCAUCAUGGGAGAAGGACCACCAACGGUUCUCCAUGUUAGGACACUUGAACAAGUGCCAAGCUCCAUUCAGAUUAUAAACUAUAAAAAUAUUAGUUCCUCAUCUAUUUUGUUAUAUUGGGAUCCUCCAGAAUUUCCCAAUGGAAAAAUAACUCAUUAUACAAUUUAUGCAAUGGAACUGGAUACAAACACAGCAUUCCAGAUGACUACUCUAAAUAACAGCUUUCUCAUAACAGGGUUAAAGAAAUACACCAAAUAUAAGAUGAGGGUGACCGCCUCAACUCAUGUUGGAGAAAGUUCUUUGUCUGAAGAAAAUGACAUCUUUGUGAGAACUCUGGAAGAUGAACCAGAAUCAUCACCUCAAGAUGUGGAAGUUAUUGAUGUUACUGCACAUGAAAUAAGUCUGAAGUGGUUACCACCUGAGAAACCCAAUGGGAUUAUUGUUGCUUAUGAAGUUCUCUAUAAAAAUAUGGAUUCCUUAUUUAUGAAGAACACCUCAACAACACACAUAAUUUUAAGGGAUUUAAAACCGUAUUCCCUCUAUAACAUUUCUGUGAGGUCAUACACCAGAUUGGGUCAUGGCAAUCAGUUAUCUUCCUUACUCUCUGUAAGGACUUCUGAGACUGUACCUGGUAGUGCACCAGAAAAUAUUGCUUACAAAAAUAUUUCCUCUGGAGAGAUUGAAAUAUCAUUCCAUCCCCCACGUAAUCCUAAUGGAAUCAUACAAAAAUAUACAAUUUAUCUCAGGAGAAGUAAUGGAAAUGAGGAAAGAACUAUAGAUACAACCUCUUUGAUCCAGAACAUUAAAGGACUGAAGAAAUAUACCCAAUAUAUAAUUGAAGUGUCUGCUAGUACACUCAAAGGUGAAGGAGUUCGGAGUGCGCCAAUUAGUGUGCUGACAGAAGAAGAUGCUCCUGAUUCUCCCCCCCAUGACUUCUCUGUGAAACAGUUGUCUGGUGUCAGGGUGAAGUUGUCAUGGAAACCACCCCUGGAGCCAAAUGGAAUUAUCCUCUAUUACACAGUUUAUGUCUGGGAUAGGUCAUCAUUAAGAACUAUUAAUGUAACUGAAAUAUCAUUAGAGUUUUCAGAUUUGGACUAUAAUGUUGAAUAUAACGCAUAUGUAACAGCUAGCACCAGAUUUGGUGAUGGGAAAAAAAGAAGCAAUAUUAUUAACUUUCGAACACCUGAGGGAGCACCGAGUGACCCCCCAAAAGAUGUUCAUUAUGCAAAUAUCAGUUCUUCAUCAAUAAUUCUCUUUUGGAAGCCACCUUCAAAACCUAAUGGGGUUAUACAAUAUUAUUCUGUUUAUUACAGAAAUACUUCAGGUACUUUUGUGCAGAAUUUUACACUCCAUGAAGUCACCAAUGACUUUGACAAUAUGAACGUAUCUGCAAUAAUAGAUAAACUGGCAAUAUUCAGCUACUAUACAUUUUGGGUAACAGCAAGUACUUCAGUUGGAAAUGGGAAUAAAAGCAGUGACAUAGUUCAAGUAUACACAGAUCAAGACAUACCUGAAGGGCCUGUUGGAAACCUGACUUAUGAGUCCAUUUCGUCAACUGCAAUAAAUGUAAGCUGGGGCCCACCACCUAAACCCAACGGUCUAGUCUUCUACUAUGUCUCUCUGAGCUUACAGCAGACUCCUCGCCACGUAAGACCACCUCUAGUUACGUAUGAGACAAGCAUGUAUUUUGGUAAUCUGGAAAAAUACACUGAUUAUAUAUUAAAAAUCACUCCAUCAACUGAAAAGGGAUUUUCUGAUGCCUAUGCUGCCCAGCUGCACAUCAAAACUGAAGAAGAUGUCCCAGAAACGUCACCAAUAAUCAACACUUUUAAAAACCUUUCCUCUACCUCAGUUCUCUUAUCAUGGGACCCCCCAGUAAAACCAAAUGGUGCCAUAAUAAGUUAUGAUUUAACUUUACAAGGACCAAAUGCAAGCUAUUCUUUCAUUACUUCUGAUAACUAUAUAAUACUGGAAGAGCUCUCACCAUUUACACUGUAUAGUAUUUUUGCUGCUGCAAGAACUGUAAAGGGACUCGGUCCUCCCAGUGUUCUUUUCUUUUACACAGACGAGUCAGUGCCUUUAGCACCUCCUCAAAAUUUGACUUUAAUCAACUACACUUCAGAUUCUGUGUGGCUGCAGUGGAGCCCGAGUCCCGUGCCAGGCGGUAUUGUUAAAGUAUAUAGUUUUAAAAUUCAUGAACAUGAAACUGAUACUAUAUUUUAUAAGAAUAUUUCAGGCUUUCAGACUGAAGCCAAGCUUGCUGGACUGGAGCCCGUCAGCACCUACUCUAUCAGCAUCUCUGCCUUCACCAAAGUGGGAAAUGGCAAUCAAUUUAGUAAUGUACUAAAAUUCACAACCCGAGAAUCAGUUCCAGAUGUUGUACAGAACAUAUGGUGUGAGGCAACUAGCUGGCAGUCCGCUUUAGUGAGGUGGGACCCACCCCGAAAGGCAAAUGGAGUGAUUACACAGUAUAUGAUAACAGUUGACAGGAAUUCUACAAAAGUCUCACCCCAAGAUCACAUGUAUAUGUUCAUGAAACUUCUUGCCAAUACCUCAUAUGUCUUUAAAAUAAGAGCUUCAACCUCAGCGGGUGAAGGCGAUGAAAGUACUUGCAAUAUCAGCACGCUGCCUGAAACAGUUCCCAGUGUUCCCACAAAUAUUGCUUUUUCUGAUGUUCAGUCAACUAGUGCAACAUUGACAUGGAUCAGACCUGACACGAUCUUCGGUUACUUCCAAAAUUAUAAGAUUACCACUCAACUUCGGGCUCAAAAUUGCAGAGAAUGGGAAUCUGAAGAAUGUAUCGAAUAUCAAAAAAUUCAAUACCUCUAUGAAGCUGACCUAACUGAAGAGACAGUAUAUGGCUUAAAGAAAUUUAGAUGGUACAGAUUUCAAGUGGCUGCCAGCACCAAUGCUGGCUAUGGCAAUGCUUCAAGUUGGAUAUCUGCACAAACCCUGCCUGGCCCUCCAGAGGGUCCUCCUGAAAAUGUGUAUGUAGUAGCAACAUCACCUUUUAGCAUCAACAUCAGCUGGAGCGAACCUGCUAUCAUUACUGGACCAACGUUCUAUCUGAUAGAUGUUGAAUCGGUAGAUAGUGAUGAAUUUAAUAUUUCCUUAAUCAAGUCAAAUGAAGAGAAUAAAACCAUAGAAAUUAAAGAUUUAAAAAUAUUCACAAGGUAUUCUGUGGUGAUCACUGCAUUCACUGGAAAUGUUAGUACGGCUUAUGUAGAAGGAAAGUCAAGUGCUGAAGUGAUUGUUACUACUUUAGAAUCAGUCCCUAAGGAUCCACCUAACAACAUGACAUUUCAGAAGAUACCAGAUGAAGUGACAAAAUUUCAGUUAACAUUCCUUCCUCCUUCUCAACCCAAUGGAAAUAUCCAAGUAUAUCAAGCUUUGGUUUACCGAGAAGAUGACCCUACUGCUGUGCAGAUUCACAACCUCAGCAUUAUCCAGAAAACGGACACAUCCGUCAUCGCAAUGUUAGAAGGACUGAAAGGUGGACAUACAUACAAUAUCAGUGUUUAUGCAAUCAAUAGUGCUGGUGCAGGACCAAAGGUUCAGAUGAGAAUAACUAUGGAUAUUAAAGCUCCAGCACGACCAAAAACCAAACCAACCCCUAUUUAUGAUGCCACAGGAAAAUUGCUGGUGACUUCAACAACAAUUACCAUCAGAAUGCCAAUAUGUUACUAUAAUGAUGAUCAUGGGCCCAUCAAAAAUGUACAAGUGCUUGUAGCAGAAGCUGGAGCUCAGCAUGAUGGAAAUGUAACAAAGUGGUAUGAUGCAUAUUUUAAUAAACCAAGGCCAUACUUUACAAAUGAAGGCUUUCCUAAUCCUCCGUGUACAGAAGGAAAGACAAAGUUCAGUAGCAAUGAAGAAAUCUACAUCAUAGGUGCUGAUCAUGCAUGUAUGAUUCCUGGCAAUGAAGACAAAAUUUGCAAUGGACCUCUGAAGCCAAAAAAGCAAUACUUAUUUAAAUUUAGAGCCACAAAUGUCAUGGGACAAUUUACUGACUCUGAUUACUCUGACCCUGUUAAGACUUUAGGUGAAGGACUUUCAGAAAGAACUGUGGAGAUUAUUCUUUCAGUCACUUUGUGCAUCCUUUCAAUCAUUCUUCUUGGAACAGCUAUUUUUGCAUUUGCAAGGAUUCGCCAGAAGCAGAAAGAAGGCGGCACAUACUCUCCUCGAGAUGCAGAAAUUAUUGACACUAAAUUCAAGCUGGACCAGCUAAUCACAGUGGCAGACCUGGAACUGAAGGACGAGAGAUUAACGCGAUACUCUUCAUUUUUCUUUAGACGCAAGGAGAUUUUUGUCAUCCAGUUACUUAGUUAUAGAAAAUCCAUCAAGCCGAUCAGCAAGAAAUCCUUCCUACAACAUGUUGAAGAGCUUUGCACAAACAACAACCUAAAGUUUCAAGAAGAAUUUUCGGAAUUACCAAAAUUUCUUCAGGAUCUUUCCUCAACUGAUGCCGAUCUGCCUUGGAACCGAGCAAAAAACCGCUUUCCAAACAUAAAACCAUAUAAUAAUAACAGAGUGAAGCUGAUAGCUGAUGCUAGUAUUCCAGGAUCGGAUUAUAUUAAUGCCAGCUAUGUUUCUGGUUACUUAUGUCCAAAUGAAUUUAUUGCUACUCAAGGUCCAUUACCAGGAACAGUUGGGGAUUUUUGGAGAAUGGUUUGGGAAACCAGAGCAAAAACAUUGGUAAUGCUAACACAGUGUUUUGAAAAAGGGCGGAUCAGAUGCCAUCAGUAUUGGCCAGAAGACAACAAACCAGUUACGGUGUUUGGAGAUAUAGUGAUUACAAAGCUGAUGGAGGAUGUUCAAAUAGAUUGGACCAUCAGGGAUCUGAAAAUUGAAAGGCAUGGGGAUUGCAUGACUGUCCGACAGUGUAACUUUACUGCUUGGCCUGAGCAUGGGGUUCCUGAAAACAGUACUCCAUUAAUUCACUUUGUGAAGUUGGUUCGAGCAAGUCGAGCACAUGACACCACACCUAUGAUUGUUCACUGCAGUGCUGGAGUUGGAAGAACGGGAGUUUUUAUUGCUCUGGACCACUUAACACAGCAUAUAAAUGAUCAUGAUUUUGUGGACAUAUAUGGACUAGUAGCUGAACUGAGAAGUGAAAGAAUGUGCAUGGUACAGAACCUGGCACAGUAUAUCUUCUUACACCAGUGUAUUCUGGAUCUCCUAUCAAGUAAAGGAAAUAACCAGCCCAUCUGUUUUGUUAACUAUUCAGCACUUCAGAAGAUGGACUCUUUGGAUGCAAUGGAAGGUGAUGUUGAGCUUGAAUGGGAAGAAACCACCAUGUAAAUAUUCAGACCAAAGAUUACAACCAGAAGAUAUUUUCAAAUCCCAGGGGCCAAAAUUACCCCUCAUUCUUCUGAAUUGAAAUGUGCAUACUUAAAGAAAUGUUUAUGCUUGCCUUACUGUGCCUUGCUAAAUACAUUGACAUUUUAUGAAUAGUUCUAAUAAGUAGCUGAUUCAGGAUAGUUAUUUCUUUUGUACAGAAUAAAUAUUAUUCAUUUAAAAUGUCUUAAGAAAAGAUAUCCCAGAGGUUUUUGAAGUCUUUCAUAUUUUGGGAAUAAGCCAAAAAUAAAAUUAUUAUUAUUAUAGCAUUAAUGUUUCCAUGUGAAUUUUCCCUCCAUAUUGGACUUACGCUUGAACAAAAGCUGUAAAUGUUGAUUCAGUCGUGUUAUUUUGGCCUCCAGGGUGUUGACGUUUCUUGUGGAUAACUUCCAGGACUGUCAUUAUGAUCUGUACUUCCACGCAUGCCCCUGUGUUUUGAAUCCUCUGUUUUAUGAGUGCUGAGAUAUCAUCUCAUGAUCUCGAACAGCUGAACAGUAACCCCUGACACUGCAGGGAUUACUUAGCUUUUAUACAACACACAGUAGCUCUUCGGGGACACGGAGGGCUAUUUAAAUUGCAUUGUGAUCUUUAGUUUGAAACAAGAAGAAUUAAACAGUGCAAUUGCUUAUAUGAAGCUGUAGAGGACUUUUCUAGUGUAUCUACAUUUGUACAUGUUCAGGCACAAGCUGCACCACUAUAUUGUAUAUUUCAAAAUACGGUUAAAUGUCUCAGAGUAUUUGUCCAUUAGCUAUUUAGUCAACCCAAUAUUAUCAAUUUUGAAGGUUUUCUUCAGCAGAAAUCUAUAAAAACAAUAAUAAAAACAUGUAAUGUGUUGCAAGCUUGUAAACUAAUGAUGUGCUCCUGUGGUGCCAAUAGAGACUUCUGAAUAGAUCAUAAGAAAUGGUCUUUAUUUUAUUCCCAAGUUUGGGUUUGAUUAUUAAGGAGUAUAUUUGGUAGAACUGAAAACAAAAAAUCAACCAGGUAACAGCAAAUUAGAGAUUUUUUAAAAAAGAAAAUAUUUCAGCCUCCUUUUUGUUAGAUAGUAACAAUGUAUUAAGUUUUGAAUUAUAUGGUAUUUUGUCAUAGAUUUCAAUUGAGUCAUAAAACAAAAUAAUGUUAAUUAUUCUAUUUCUUUCAUGAUAAGAAUUACAUCUUGUGCAUAUUUCUGCUGGAAUAUAAAUAUAGGAAAUAUGAUGGCCAAUAAAAUUGAAUUUUAAGGAAUUGAGAUAUUUUGCAACAUGAUUUCAGAGAUCCUUAUAAAUAGAAAUUUGAUUUUCUAUCACAUUUGUGAUAUAAUUGAUAAUUAUCAUAAUGUAAUUAAAUAUAUUAUAUGUAAGUACAAUAUAAUUUAGCAUAAAACUAAGAUAAAAUCAUUUCCUUUGAUACCUAUAGAUAGUAAUUUUAAAAUUGAAUUUAUUAUCCAAGAAAUUAAAUCCAUAAUCUUGCAAGAAGCCUGCCUCCUGUUUUCUCAGGGCAAGGAAGUAUAAAUAAAUGUAGUUCAUGAUUGUUCCAACCAACAAGUUUAUUUUAUAGAAAGUUACAUAAAAUAAUAAGAUAUGAUGAGAACUCUAAAAGAUUCAGUUGGAAUACAAAGUUCUUCAGUGUGAUUCAUGGUCAUUGAAAAAGUGUGGCAUGCCGGUACUUAUGAAUGUGGUUUUUUGUAUUUGUAGAAGACAGAUAACAGCCUGUGAAAAAUAUUG